GGUACUUUUCCAAUGAAUUGAAGUCGAGUCAAUUUUUUGACAUUCAACAAUACCUCUAGAAUUGCUCACAAUUCUAUCACUUUGAUCUUUCAGCUUCAGAAAGAGGCCACGAUGUCUGCGACUACCAAGAGCGUCCUGAUCGUUGGAGCAGGUCCUUCGGGUCUGGCAGCUCUGAAGGAAAUGAGAGAAGUUGGGCUGGAAGCUGUCGCUGUUGAUUCUCGUUCUCAGUUUGGUGGCGUGUUCUCAUCUGAUUCGAAUGUCACCUUCGAAGACUUGCAUCUCACCAUCUCCAACAUGUACAUGGCAUUCUCAGACUUCCCGCCCAAGUCGACCGGCUGUAAGUUCUGGUCUCAAGCCGAAUACUUCGCUUAUCUCACUGACUAUGUGGAUGCCUUUCAGCUGAAGAAACACCUUCAACUCCAGACGACAGUCAACCGUGCCUUGUUCAACGAAGAUAAGCUUAUGUGGGAAGUGUCUAUGACCAGCAACGAAAACGACACCUCUACCCGUUGCUUUGACUACCUCAUUGUGGCAGCAGGGGCCAAUCACCAUCCCCACAUUCCCAACACCGACCUUUUCAAGAACUUUCAAGGCGGUAUAAUGCACGCCUCUGAGUAUCACUCUGCAGAUCAAGUCAAGGGAAAACGAGUACUUGUCGUUGGCACAGGCGAAAGCUCAGCUGACGUCGCCAGGUCGGCAUCCAACGUUGCCAAAUCAGUUACCUUGUACGGACGACGGCAUUGGGACACUGCCCCUCGUUUCGUCGAGAAGGGGCUUCAGGACGGCAACUACGAUGAAAACAAAUGGAUGUCUGAGACACACAAGCCCAAAGAUCUGUUGGAGGCAUCGUCUACUUCUCAUGCAACUGGGAUGGUGCCACUAGGCCCGUAUUCAGGUUUCUUGCAAGCCGUUGUGUUGAGUACAUCUUUUGUCCACGGCAAGAACAGCCCUCAGGAUAUUUGCUACCAGAUCAACUCACGAGCCUGGAGUGCGGACUUCUUUGCAACGGAUUCAAGUGUGGUUCCCACCAAGUCAGCCGUCGCCAUCACAGCCGCCUCCAAGGGCACGCUGGAUAUUGUCGUCACCCCUACCGUUUCCUGCAAUGGCAACGUUGUGUCGUUCCAUCGCCCUUCCUUGUAUGGAAAUGGCUUUGAGGGACAAGCUCCAGAUACGCUCGAUCGGGAGUUUGAUGUCAUCGUUGCCUGCACCGGCUACAGCCUUGACUUUGAUUGGAUCACCACAUCAGACCCCGGCCGUCGGACAUUGAACCCAAAUCCACGAAGCUGGUUCAAGCAUUGCUUCCCUCCAAACUUUGGCCAACACCUUGCCUUCGUUGGGUUCGCAAGGCCCCACAGUGGAGGCAUACCCCAAUGCGCCGAGCUCAUCUCUCGGUACAUUGCUCAGCUCAACCGUCCUGGCGCGAGUCUUGAGUUACCAGCCAACUAUGCUGAUCUUGCUCUGAUGGAAGGAGCAGCCGAACAGGCUUGCUAUCACCAGUCGCCGAACUUCCACCUCCUGGUGGAUUACCCAGCCUACAUGAUAUCCGUUGCCAAACUGGUUGGUUGCAGCCCAAGGAUCCCGUUGAACAAUCCAGUGGAUAUGGUCAAGUAUUGGACAUUUCCUCUUUGGCCUUGUUUCUUUCGAACGCAGGGGGUGGGGGCCAAUCCAGCUGCGGCAAAGUGUGUCUUGGACAAGUUCGGUCCCUGGGAUGCAAUCCCAUCGGUUCCAAUGCUCUUGGCUCAGAUCUGCUGUGCCUUCUUCAUGCCUUUUGUCAACUCCUUUUCCUUGUGUCUUGACAAGAUCUGGUCGUCGGGAGAUCCCUUGCCUCGUUUCUACAAAUGGCGACUUUCAAAAGCUCUGCUUCUUUACCAGAAUCCCCUGACUCUGGACGACCUCCAAUUCGUUCUGAUGCAGUGGGGAGCCGCAUGCAUUUGUCUUUGGUUUGUGGCCACGAAGGUGGUGACGCUGGGCAAAUACCCUGGUCAAGGCGAGUCGAAAGUUCCCAACAAGGACGUGUGAGACAUUAUAUUGCUGUGAAUGGUUACUCUCGUUGGUUGUGUAAUGUUUUGAUGUCUGUUUCGAUUGGCUAAGUGGAAGAGCAACAGUACGGUACUGGUACAGUGUACUUCCGGUAAUUGCAAACUUGUGUAAGCUCUUACUUGUAAAACUCACAAGUUGAACAACAAGAUCCCAACGUGCAGCUAGCUGAUU